UUAUGCUUUGUUUGGAUUGUAAAAUGUAAUCCAACCCCCUUGGUGUGGUUUUAGACCUAGGGUAUGAUAACUAAACCUUUAAUUUACAAUUAAUGAUUACUGUUCAUACUUCAUAGCUUGAGAUAUCCCUUAUCUCCUUAUCUGUUAAAGCUUGAGUAGUAUAAUAGGAACACAAUUCCUAAGUCUAAUAGGAGUGUACUACUUUGUGUGUGUGUGUGUGUGUGUGUGUGUGUAGAAGUUAAAUGAAAUGCAUAGAUUUUAACUCUCAAAAUCAUAAUCUUUUUCAUCUUUCUAAAACUCUUUUAUGGUAUCAGAGCCUAAAGAGGGCUUGAUUUUUUCUUUGAUUUCAUCUCUUAUCUGUGCCUGAAGAACAAACGGCACUGCCGUUCUAGUUGGCCAUCUACCAGAAGGAGGUGGACUAUACCACCUACCUAAAAGGAUUCACUGACCGCCGGCAACUCAGUCCUUAGAAGACCAAUGCUGGAACCCUUGCCAGAAGCCGCCACGCACCGUCGACGCACCUCCGCUAUCUUCACACGCGCCGAUGCCUGAGGGAUAAUCCAGUGACCGUUUUUGCUAGAUCCAACACCGGCCAACUCGCCCCUGAUUGACGACUCUUCCUAACCCUACACCAUCUUCGGGUCUUCUUCCGAUCUCCCUCCACCAAGAGACAGUAGCCUUUGGGUUUGUUCUUCAAGACAUCCAACACUAUUUUUGGAUUUGUUUGAAGGUUUUAGGAGCAAUCAACAUGACUGAAAUGGGUAAUUCCUCCAAUUCAGGUGACUCUAAGCCAAGUUUUUCUUCUAUUUUCAAUUCUCCAACAAUUACUACCAUUAAUUUGCAAGGCAGCAAUAAUUAUAUGUCAUGGUCAGCUUUAGUAGAAUUGUAGUUUAUGUGCAAGGUUAUAAUGAACAUCUAGUCAAGAAUGCUAGUGAUAUUGUUGUUGAUGAUAGAACUAGUUGGAACAAGGUAGAUGCACAGUUAUGUAGCCUUUUAUGACAUUCUUUGGACCCUAAAUUACUUGUCUUAUUUCAGUCCUGUAAGACUUGCAAGAUAUGUACAAAGGCUAAAACUUUAUAUACUAAUGUCAUGCAAUGUAUAUAUAAAGUUGUUUCAGAUAUUGUCCAUCUCCAACAAAAUCACCAAGAUAUGGCAAGUUAUUUAGGGCAAAUAGAAACACUGAAGGAUGAUUUUAAUUCUCUAAUGCCGUUCUCUGAUAGCAUCACUGUGCAGGAACAACAGCGGGACAAGUUCUCUAUGGUUUUGACUUUGAUAGGACUUCGAUCUGAUCUUAGUUCUGUACAGAAUCAAAUGUUGACGAGUUCUGUGAUUCCUUCUCUGGAAGAUGUCUCUGCUCGAUUGCUACGCAUUUCCUUAAAUGCGAAUGGUAGUAAUGAAAUUGAAACAUCUGUGCUAGCUGUGCAGAUUGGAAAUCAGCACGGACAGGGAGGUUCUCGAAAAGGAAAAGGAAAGGGCUUUAAAUCUCAUUGUACUUACUGUGACAAAAAUGGCCACACUCGAGAUACUUGUUGGGCAUUGCAUGGCCGACCACCACGCAAUAAUAAUCAAUUCAACACAAAUCGUCAUGCAGCUAAUGUAGCACAAACUCAUGGGGAUGGACUUCUUCCCUUACCUAAAGCAAACGAUCAACAGUCUGAUUCCAUUGUCCUAACUGGAACUAACUACAAUGAGUACUUGCAGUAUCAAGCUACUAAACAACAGUCAUCCUCAUCUGGUACCUCACACUCUGGACCGAAGUACGAGGAAAACGAUUGGAACAGGAUAUGAUUCACAAGGACUGUAUCGUCUAUCCAUUUCAAAAUUACCAGUUGCUCUCACUUCCGCUGCAUCUGUGGAUCUUCUCCAUAGCCACCUGGGUUAUCCAAGUAUUGCCAAACCUCAAAAAUUAGUACCUAGUCUUUACUAGUACCUAGUCUUUCUUCUUUGUCUUCUUUAGAUUGUAAGUCAUGUCAACUUGGGAAACAAACUCGAGCUUUCUUUCCCAAACGAAUCAAUAAUAGAGCCACAUCUAAGUUUGAUAUUAUUCACUCAGACAUGUGAGGUCCAAGUCAUGUUAGUUCAACUUUAGAAUUUCAUUAUUUUGAUAUUUUUAUUGACGAUUAUUCCCGUUACACUUGGGUGUUUUUAAUAAAGCAUUAUUCUAAAUUGUUUUCUAUUUUUAAA